AGCACAGGGCGAGGAGCGCGUGCGACUGGGGCGUGCCCUGAUUGGCUGCCCUCGGGGCCCGUGUUAGGUUCAAGCGGACGGGGCUUCCGCUUGGGGAAACAUGCCUCUGGCUAGAGAUCUGGUGCACCCCUCCUUGGAGGAGGAAAAGAAAAAACACAAAAAGAAACGGUUGGUCCAGAGUCCAAAUUCUUAUUUCAUGGAUGUGAAGUGUCCAGGCUGCUACAAGAUCACCACAGUGUUCAGUCAUGCCCAGACAGUGGUUCUGUGUGUAGGAUGCUCAACUGUCUUGUGCCAGCCUACAGGAGGAAAAGCCAGGCUUACAGAAGGUUGCUCAUUUAGAAGAAAGCAGCACUAACUGGUCCCUUCACCAACAUGACUUUCACAUUAUGUGCUUCUGGAAGCCUUAUCUGUUCAGAAAUGCUGGUUAACAACUGUUGGAUAUUAAAACAAACAAAAAAAACAAACAGUGCUAUACUAGCUAGUCUGUUUUUCAAUACAUGUCUUAAUUAUGUGCAAUUUUUUCCUGUAAGUUCCUGGGUAAUUGACCUCUAUUUUUAUAGCUUUAUUAUACAACAUAUUCUGAAUGAGUGAUGCCAUUCCCAAUGAGAAGAGAAUCAGAACUUUAGACUUGUAACACAUUUCCUUUUCUUAAUUAUUAACUGAUUUAAUUGCAGCUGCUCCCAUCAGCUAUAAAAAUGAAAGACGUACUAGUUUAGUUACAGUUGGGGAUUGCUAUAAGAAUGCAUCUCAUACUUAACCAGAGUCACUUUACUAUGAAAAUGGAAGUUAAAAUUACUAGGUGGAUUAUACAAAGCAACUUCAACCCACUGGCUUUCAGCAUUACUGUAGUUCCACUUAUUUACUGUGGGUAUAUAUAGAUGGUCUAAGUCAGCUUACCAUUUCUCAAAUGAUGCUAGCUGAGCUGAGCCAAGCCCAUUUUAUGAGUUCUUUGGAAUGUGUGGCACUUUCUCUUACUGCUGCCAUUCUAAAUUCAAAAAUUGCUUUUGGCAUUGUACUGAAAAACAGGUGUAUUUUUUUUUUCCAAAAGCAAACUUUAAAGAAAAGUGUUCUGCAUACAAAAGGUUCAUAUACCACAACACUUAGUGCACAGCAAGUUGAGACUAGAACUAGCAUAUCAUAAGAUGACUCAAAUCAAUAAGAAUGGAACUAAAAUGAUUUUGGAACAAGUUCAUGCAUAAUAUUUUCAGCACUAUAAUGUGAAAUACCUACCAAGCAUAGAAAUUGGAGGGCCCUUUUGAGUAAA